AUGGACCUGCGAAUAUCCGACGAACCGGUGUGCAAACCGGCACACGACCCCUUUACUCUCCUCCUCACCUGCUUUCUCUGUUUCGGAAUCAUCAUCUCCUACAUACCUCAGCACUGGCGGAUCAUCGCUAAACAAACCUCAGAGGGGAUAUCACCAUGGUACCUCCUUCUGGGAAGCACGAGUGCGGCUGCAGGAAUGCUGAAUGUUGUCACGCUUCAAUGGGGGGUCGUUCGGUGCUGUAGCGUGUGGACGGUGGGACAGUGCUUAGAGAACACGAUUGGGAUCGUGCAGGUUACCAUACUAUGGGCGAUGUUCAGUCUCAUUGUCGUAUUGUUCCUACUGUACUAUCCCCCUUCAGCACGACAUCACCACAUUCGCCACGUCCGAGAAUAUACCGACGAGGAACAAGAACGCGAAGAGGAAGAGGAAGAAGAGAUACAAGAGCUGCUGGUUGCCACGGCCGAGUGGAACGAAGCGAAGGCGCUCUGUGCUCUUGUGCUCGUGCACCUCAUAAUCAGCAUAUUCGUCACCUUCUUCCUCGUCCUAUCGUCUCCCCCUCCUUCUCAAUCUAUACCAUCACGGCAAGCCGAGCUCUGGGCAGGCUUCUGCGGAAUAACCGCCUCCCUGUUCGCCUGCUUCCAAUACGCGCCCCAGUUAUGGAAGACAUACAAGGACCGGCUUGUGGGUGCGUUAAGCAUACCGAUGAUGUGCAUCCAGUGCCCUGGUGCAGUGCUAUUUAUCGUUUCUCUCGCAGUCCGAGAAGGGACAAACUGGACCUCUUGGCUACCCUACGCAGCAGCAGGGAUAAUGCAAGGUCUCCUGCUCAUCCUCUGCAUCGUGUGGAAAGUCCGCCAAGCCCGGCUCGGAAUCGACGACUUCGGCAACCCGCUCUCUCCCCCCCCCGAAUCCCACCCAGAGCCGAGCACGUGGGGCCUUGGGCUAGAGUUCGGCAAUGGGAGAGGGAACGGACUUGUCGAUGGGCUUGAACAAGGCGAGAGCGGUCCUCCCGGCCUCGGCCUGCCAGAAUUGGACGGCCAGCAGGUAGAGGCGGCGUGGCGAGAAGCCGAGGAUCGGCGGGCAGCAGAAGCACAGGACGGAGAGGCAGGAGCAGGAGAGACGACACCUUUGAUCGUGAGAGCUACCACGCAGACGGGGAAGGUCGUGUUGCCUUGGUUGUCUUGGGGCCGGAGGAGGUAGAAUGUACCCUGGCUUGCUUGGAUUGUGCGACUGCUGUCAUGGAGAAGGCAGUAGGCUUGUAUCAUAUCAUGGUUACAUUUUCUGCACACACUUCUAAUCAUUCACAC